AUGCUGUUUCUCAGCGUUUCAUCGCUGUUAUGGCUGUGCCAAACCGGACUGGCGCAAUAUUCCAGCGAUGAUCUCAUGUCAUUCGUUACACUCCCCGAUGUUCGGGCAGUGAAAUUCAAUGUCCACUACGAGAACCGCGAGCUCGUUAGCCCCGGUUACUGGUUCGUCGCUCCCUACCUACACAUUGGCCCCGAUCCACCGUCGACCUUGUACGAGCAAUAUCAGAUCGGCCCCCAUAUCUACGAUAGUGAAGGUCGGCUCAUCUGGACUGGCUCCCAACUGUUCGACAACAGGAACGCCUUCGAUUUCAAAGUCGUCAACAGCCUAGGCCCUGACCCACACCUUUCGAUGGUCUUGCAAAACUCGUGGGAUAGCAAUGUAGACACCGGGUACGGGGUGAUCUUGACCAACGAUUAUCGAGUCCAACGAAAGCUUCCUUUGCGGCGGGACCUCGGCCUUUUUGACAUCCACGAGUUCAACAUCCUGGACGACGGUAAGACUGCGCUGGUCACCAUCUACCUUUCUCAUGAGAUUUCCCUAGAGGAAUAUGGUCUCCCGAGAGAGACUACUUGGCUUGAGUCCGGCGGGUAUGCUGAGAUCGAUUUGAACACUGCCGAGAUUGUCCAGUGGUGGGACUCUUUUAAGCACAUUCCUUUGCCCGAGACCGUCCAUUACGACCCGUAUUCUCCGGUGGAGGGAUUCCCUGGCUGGGAUUAUGUGCAUAUCAACUCAGUUGACAAGAAUGAAAUUGGGGACUUCUUAAUUUCAUGCCGGUUUACGAACACCAUCUACCUCAUCUCCUGCAUAGAUGGAAAUAUCAUGUGGCGAUUGGGUGGAAAAUAUAGUGAUUUCGUGCAAGAUUUCACCUUUUCAAAACAGCACGAUGCGAAAUUCGUGGAGUCCAAUGGGACGCACCAUAUUAUCUCGUUUUUGAACAACGCCUCGGACGAGGAAGUCAACGAGGAAAAUAUGUCGUCAUCCCUAUUUGUCGAGUUGGAUACCAGCGUGAGGCCUAUGACCGCCAAAGCCAUCCGCCGCUACAACCGCCCCGAUCACCAACUUUCCAGACUCCGCGGCAAUACCCAGCUGCUUCCGAAUGACAAUGUGUUCACCUGCUGGAGCAAAGAGGGCUAUAUUUCCGAACAUGCCAGCGAUGGGGAACUAUUGAUGACUGCCAACUUCACCUCCCCACGCUAUUCAUCCUACCGCGGGUACAAAUUCGAAUUUACUGGUCGCCCCACAGCACCACCAGACAUGGUGGCGUCGGUCUACGGCACCGAUGAAACCAACAUGGUGACCACAUUCUGGGUCAGCUGGAACGGCGCGACAGAUGUCGCAUGGUGGAAUUUCUACGCGCAAGCCUCCGAAUUCCACGAGCCUGUCUUUAUCGGCAAGACGCCUCGAUCCGAUUUCGAAACCAUGUACAUUGCCCGCGGAUAUCUGGACUGGGUAUCUGCCGAGGCAGUAAAUGUCAAUGGCACCGUCCUAGGCAGGUCCAAAAUGCACCGAAGCAAGUCCCCCGACUGGAAAUCCGUCGGAUACAGAGGGAAAUCACCCAUUCCGGUUGAUCCGUCGACCAUCUAUCAAGAAAACAAUAGCGCAGCAGAAAACGAUACGAUUAACGAGUCUGGCCACUCCUCGGAUGCAAUAGAUACCCAAACACAGAAGACUACCCAAGUACUCAAGCAUACAUACAAUGCUAUCCGCAGCAUUAGCGGUAUCUUCUCUUUUGUUUUGCUUCUUUGUGUGUUCUUCGGCGUUAUGGCAUGCUAUAUGGUUGUCCGUGGCUGGCGGGUCCGCGUCUACCAGCGUCUCCGUUCGGAAGAUGGGUAUUCAGACGAACGGGCAUAUCUCGCCUCGCCGCAUGAGGAUUAA